CAUCAUCCAAUGGCCGCGGCGCACCAUCUCCACUGCGCGCCUCGGAGAGCGUCUGUUGGAUAAAACCUUGCACAGUAUUAGUAGCAGGUCGUGAACAGCUACACCACCUCUGCCUGUUGAGAGAGUAUCAUACCAGACGCUUUAUCAAAGAUUGACUUGGAUCUCCCCGGCCGAGGUUUCAUUUUCUCCAGUGUGGUCUAGCAUUGGAUAAUAAUAAGGAUAUCUGCCCGGACCUUUUUUCUGCAAGGCGAAGCAAAGAGUGCACUCAGGAACACAUUCAUGCCAAGCGAGGCCCCACAUGGACUAAAAACAUCUAAUUAACUGGGAGAGAGAGAGAGAGAGCGUGGACCCUCUUGCAUUUGUCAAGGACACCCAACGACAAAGACCUCAGAGAUAUGUCCAACACCACCGGACGAGGUCAUGGGGGUCUUAACCAACUAGGCGGAAUGUUUGUGAACGGCCGUCCGCUUCCGGAGGUGAUCCGGCAGCGCAUCGUAGACAUGGCCCACCAGGGCGUGCGUCCCUGUGACAUCUCCCGGCAGCUCCGUGUCAGCCACGGCUGUGUCAGCAAGAUCCUGGGACGCUACUACGAGACUGGCAGCAUCAAGCCAGGAGUGAUUGGGGGCUCCAAGCCCAAGGUGGCCACUCCUAAAGUGGUUGAUAAAAUAGCAGAUUACAAGCGUCAGAACCCCACAAUGUUUGCCUGGGAGAUCAGAGACAGGCUCCUGGCAGAGGGGGUGUGUGACAGCGACACCGUGCCCAGUGUUAGCUCCAUCAACAGAAUAAUCCGAACCAAGGUGCAGCUGCCUUUCAACCUGCCUCUGGACGGCAAAGGCCUAAGCCCAGGACACACACUCAUCCCCAGUUCAGCUGUCACUCCCCCAGAGUCGCCCCAGUCCGACUCCCUGGGCUCCACCUACUCCAUCAGUGGCCUGCUGGGGAUACCACAGCCCAGCCAAGAGGGCAAGAGGAGCCAUGAUGACAGUGACCAGGAGAGCUGUAGACACAGUGUGGACUCUCAGGGCAGCGCGGGCGUUCCUAGGAAGCAACUGAGACCAGAGCACUUCCCCCCGCAGCACCUGGACUGUGGCUUUGACCGCCACCACUACCCACCAGACUUCAGCUCUGCAGCAGCCAGCAAGACCGAGCAGACUGUGUACCCUCUCUCGCUCAUCAAUGGCAGCCUAGAAGACGGGAAGACCAGCCUCUCAACAUCGAGUGCUGCUAUUGGUCGGAAUCUGGCAGCGCACCAGGGCUACACUGUGGUGACAGACCCCCUACAGCCCCUCCCACUUUGUCUGAAACAGGAAAUGUCCCCGGAGGUGACCAGCACAAGCCCCUCCCCAAAUGUGGUGGCCAACUCUGCUUUCCUAGAGCUGCAGUCAUUGCAGGCCCCUGUCACUGUCAGUAGCAGCUGCAGCAGCUCCAACCAUUUCCCUCAUGCGUUCAACUCAUUCUCCCAUCAUGCACCAGUGUACGGCCAUUUCAGCAACCAGUCUCUCAUAGCAGGGCGGGAUAUGGUGAGCUCCACUCUCCCUGGCUACCCUCCUCACAUCCCCUCCAGUGGCCAGACAGGCUACUCAUCCUCGGCCAUCACUGGCAUGGUAGCAGGUGCAGACUACUCUGGUCAGACCUACACUCACUCCCCCUACACCUCCUACAGCGAAGCUUGGAGAUUCACCAACUCCAGCAUUCUCGGUUCACCCUAUUACUAUAGCUCGGCCUCCCGCACCGCUCCACCAUCCACUGCAGCCUACGACCAUCUCUAGCUCCCAUGAACCAACCCUCAUCAAGAGGACUGAUAAUGGGGACCAACAGGCAAAUGCAGCAAGGGAUAGGAAGCUAUGAGGAGAAUUGGACUGUCUCCCAAUAAUGGACAGGGGAGUAAAGACAUCGGAGGGACAUUGAAGACUUUUAGUGGCAACACUGGACCAGCUAUGCUUGACCCUGAACUCAUGGACAAUACCUUCUCAUGGCUAACUAAUUCAUUAUUUAUUUGUUUUUAAUGACAGCCUCAUCCAGGGUGACUUGAUACGUUUACACAUGACAUUCUAAACACUGUAAUACAUUUGGGCAACUGAUGUCUAUGACUUUGUCAGUGGCAAAGGCCUGAAACCUGCAUUGUGUGUACAUCGCUCCAAAGCUGUUUCACCAAAGACUUUAUUUGUAGCACAUUUUGCAACACUCUGACAUGUGACUUUGACUUCAUGACAUCACAGGAUAUUUUGGUGGCACAGUACAGUAAAGGCUUUUUUUGUGAAGCUACUCCUGUAUUUGCAUCAAGUUUACAAUAGUUUUAUACAAUAAUACACACGUCCCUUUCGCAUUCUAGUGUCGGUUUUUCAGGAUUCUCUGUGUUGAAUUCAAAAUUCAGCCUCUUUGAGCUCACCACCCAACAAAACCUUCCAGAUCUUAAAUGUAGUAUAGUGCCAAUAGUUUGAAUGAGGAAUACAGUCCCACGUGGUAUCAUUCUCAUAGCAAAAUGUCCUCAUGUCCUUGUCAAAGAAAAUGUGUUCCAUGAAUUGAACUGUCUGGGUUACUCUUGUUUGGCAAUAUGUAUAUAUUGUAAAUGGCAAACUGCUCUUGAGAAAGAAAUGCAAUUUUAUCAGAAGGAUGAUUUGGGGGUGAAUAUUGUGGGGAUUAAUGACUGAGUAUCUGAUAAACAAAACAACUUAAAAAAAAAAUUCUUUAUAAUAAUUCGAGUUUGUUGUCAUGCUGAUGUUUAGUAUGAGAACUGUGACUAAACCGUUUUUUUUCUUAUACUGUUAUUAAUAUUAUUGAAGAUGUAAAUAUGGAAUUUCUAAAUAAUUAUUUUAAUUAAAUAAAGCAUGACUAA